GUUCGUAAGUGUCAAUUUUAAGUCGAUUCAUUCAUAUUUUCGAUUGAAGUGUUUUUACUUAUCAAUAACGCCUUUUAAACCAAUACUUUCAACCAUGAAGUUCGAUUGUGAUACUAUGUUCCCAGUCUUUAAAGCGGUGUCUACGAUUUCCGUGGGUUUAUUCGCUGGUGGAGGGAUAUACAUCAAUAUUGUAGAACACAAUGCGAGAAUGGCGUUGGACACCAAGUCUUGUCAUGCACAAUGGAAAGCAAGCUUCGAUCGAGCCAAGAUCCAUCAGCGUAGACUAGCCUUGAUAACAGCUAUCAGUGGGGCUGGGGCCUUCUAUUGCAAGCCUUCUGAAGGGAUGACCUUCCUCAUCGGUGGAUGUAGUAUGCUGCUGAUAUUCCCAUACACGCUCUUCAUUCUCAAGCCAGCAUCAAUCGACCCGAUCUAUGAUGACUACGACAAAAUUGUGGAUCGCGAGUCCGAGGAGUUUGUUCGUGAUACCAUUGUGAAGUGGAACAACUACCAUUCAGUAAGGAGUGUAUUGUCUUUGGGUGUACUGGUUGGAUUUGUCUCCCAGAUUCUACAUGAAACACCCUUCUUCUGAACCACAAGGACAACACAUGAUCUGCCACGAGAGCACGUGUAUUAAACGUUUUGAUAACGAAGAAAAUAUUAUAUUAAAUCGAUUCUUUAUGGGAACUGAAGUACUGGUUAAAGAGUAGCAUGCAAAAGUCGUGAAUCUUAAGGUUAUAUUGGUGGUAUCUGAGCGAACUAGAUUUAUAAAUUUCUUAUCUUAAAUUUUGUACAAUUUAAAUAUUUAUUUCUAUACAUGUUUUGCGUAGUUAAAUAAUUGUCAAUAAGGCAAUUGUUUUUUGUUUUCGUUUUAAACGCAUUGCUUCUCCAAAUCAGGAUUUUUCAAUAAUGUGUAAGCUUUUAACAUUUAAUUAAAGCAAGAAACGUUAUGGAAAUUUCGUAAUUGCUGGUUUGUUUAAACACUGUCAAUAUAUUUGCAAAAUGAAUAAAUUACAAAGCACACAAUUGUGAAGUGAAACAACUACCA